AUGGAGACGGCGGAGAAGGAGUGCGGAGCCCUCGGCGGCCUCUUCCAAGCCAUCAUCAACGAUAUGAAGAGCUCCUACCCCAUCUGGGAGGAUUUCAACUCGAAGGCCACCAAGCUGCACUCCCAGCUCAGGACCACGGUGCUGGCCGCAGUUGCCUUCCUGGAUGCCUUCCAGAAAGUGGCCGACAUGGCCACCAACACCCGAGGUGCCACAAGGGACAUUGGCUCGGCUCUGACCCGCAUGUGCAUGCGGCACCGCAGCAUCGAGGCCAAGCUCCGGCAGUUCACCAAUGCCCUCAUGGAGAGCCUGAUCAACCCUUUACAGGACAGGAUUGAGGAUUGGAAGAAAACUGCCAACCAGCUGGACAAGGACCAUGCAAAAGAGUACAAACGAGCUCGCCACGAGAUCAAGAAGAAAUCCUCCGACACCCUCAAGCUCCAGAAAAAAGCUCGGAAAGAGCUGCUUGGGAAGGGAGACCUGCAGCCCCAGCUGGACAACGCUCUGCAGGACGUCAAUGACAUGUACCUACUGCUGGAGGAGACGGAGAAGCAGGCGGUCCGCAAGGCCCUCAUCGAGGAGCGGGGUCGCUUCUGCACCUUCAUCACCUUCCUGCAGCCCGUGGUGAACGGGGAGCUCACCAUGCUGGGCGAGAUCACCCACCUGCAGGGCAUCAUCGAGGACUUGGUGGUCCUGACGGCUGAGCCCCACAAGCUGCCCCCUGCCAGCGAGCAGGUGAUCAAGGACCUGAAGGGCUCUGACUAUAGCUGGUCCUACCAGACCCCCCCGUCCUCACCCAGCAGCUCCAGCUCCCGCAAGUCCAGCAUGUGCAGCAGCGUUAGCAGUGCCAAGGGUGGCGUGGCAUGGCCCGGGGGGGCUCAGAGCUGCUCACCCAGUUCCACCUAUCGCUACCGCAGCCUGGCGCAGCCCCCGGCCGCUCGCCUCUCCAGCGUCUCCUCCCACGACUCCGGCUUCAUCUCCCAGGACGCUGCCUACUCCAAACCGCCUUCCCCCAUGCCCUCCGACAUCACCAGCCAGAAGUCCUCCAGCUCAGCGUCCUCGGAGGCCUCCGAAACCUGCCAGUCGGUCAGCGAGUGCAGCUCCCCCACCUCGGACUGGUCCAAGGCCAGCCCCUACGACCAGCCGACGGUGCCCACCCUGCAGCGGCGCAAGGACCGCGUGGAGCACCUGCGGGAAGCCGAGAUGGGCUCAGCCUCCACCGGCUACCCGGGCACCACCUACCCUGGCACCGGCUACCCCGGCACCGGCGCUGAGGACGCCCCCAGGCCCCGCAUGUCUCCGGCCACCAUCGCCGCCAAGCAUGGGGAGGAGGUGUCCCCCGCCGCCAGCGACCUGGCCAUGGUCUUGACGCGGGGGUUGAGCUUGGAGCACCAGAAGAGCAGCCGGGACUCGCUGCAGUAUUCCAGUGGCUACAGCACGCAGACCACCACCCCCUCCUGCUCCGAGGACACCAUCCCUUCCCAAGGCUCCGACUACGACUGCUACUCGGUGAACGGCGACGUGGAGUGCGAGCCGCAGAGCGACUUCGACAAGUCCUCCACCAUCCCCCGCAACAGCAACAUCGCCCAGAACUACCGGCGCAUGAUCCAGACCAAGCGCCCCGCCUCCACCGCCGGCCUGCCCACCGGCACCAACCUCCCGGCCGGCACCACCCCGGGGGUGGCCACCAUCCGCCGCACGCCCUCCACCAAGCCCUCAGUCCGCCGGACCCUCUCCAACGCCGGCCCCAUCCCCAUCCGACCCCCCAUCGUCCCCGUGAAGACCCCCACGGUGCCCGACUCGCCCGGCUACGCCGGCCCGACGCGGGUGGGCAGCGAGGAGUGCGUCUUCUACGCCGACGACUCCUCGCCCGGCCCCCUGGAUUUUGCCAAAGCUUCGCCCAAGCGGCUGAGCCUCCCUAACACCGCCUGGGGCGGCGGGGCCGUGGAGAUCUCCGUCUACCCCGGCGCCGGCCAGCACCUCUCUGCCGAGGAAGAGGAGGACCAACAGCUGGCUGCCAACCGGCACAGCUUGGUGGAGAAGAUCGGCGAGCUGGUGGCCGGCGCCCACGCCUUGGGCGAAGGGCAGUUCCCCUUCCCCACGACCCUGGCGGGGGCCGGCCCCACCGAGGAGACCCCCGCGCCCCCGCCGGCGGCCUCCAUGGACCCCCCUGCCGAAGACAUGCUGGUGGCCAUCCGGCGCGGGGUCCGCCUGCGCAGGACCGUCACCAACGACAGGUCGGCCCCGCGGAUAUCGUGA